AUGUCGUCCUGGACGAGGUGGCAUGGACCCGCCAUGGUGCUGUUCUGGGGCUUCUGCUGGCUAGUUGUGGGCUUCUGGAGGGCUGCGCUCGCCUGCCCCACAUCCUGCAAAUGCAGCGCCUCUCGGAUCUGGUGCAGCGACCCUUUUCCGGGCAUCGUGGCAUUUCCGAGGUUGGAGCCUAACAGUGCAGAGCCUGAGAAUAUCACCGAAAUUUACAUUGCAAAUCAGAAAAGAUUAGAAGUCAUCAACGAAGAUGAUGUUGAAGCUUACAUGGGUCUGAAAAAUCUGACCAUUGUGGAUUCUGGGUUAAAAUUUGUGGCUUAUAAAGCAUUUCUGAAAAACAGCAACCUGCAGCACAUCAAUUUCACCCGAAAUAAACUGACACACUUGUCCAGGAAACAUUUUCGUCACCUUGACUUGUCUGAGCUAAUUCUGGUGGGCAAUCCAUUUACAUGCUCCUGUGACAUUAUGUGGAUCAAGACUCUCCAGGAGACUAAAUCCAGUCCAGAAACUCAGGAUUUGUACUGUUUAAAUGAAAACAGCAAAUAUAUUCCCCUGGCAAACCUGCAGAUCCCUAAUUGUGGUUUGCCAUCGGCAAAUUUGGCUGCACCUAACCUUACUGUGGAGGAGGGAAAGUCUAUCACGCUAUCUUGCAGCGUGGCAGGUGAUCCAGUUCCUAAUAUGUAUUGGGAUGUCGGUAAUCUGGUUUCCAAACAUCUGAAUGAAACAAGCCACACACAGGGCUCCUUAAGGAUAACUAACAUUUCAUCCGAUGACAGUGGAAAGCAGAUCUCUUGUGUGGCAGAAAAUAUUGUAGGAGAAGAUCAAGAUUCUGUCAACCUCACUGUGCAUUUUGCACCAACUAUCACAUUUCUCGAAUCUCCAACCUCAGACCACCACUGGUGCAUUCCAUUCACUGUGAAAGGCAACCCCAAACCAACGCUUCAGUGGUUCUAUAAUGGGGCAAUAUUGAAUGAGUCCAAAUACAUCUGUACUAAAAUACAUGUUACCAAUCACACGGAAUACCACGGCUGCCUCCAGCUGGAUAAUCCUACCCACAUGAACAAUGGGGACUACACUCUAAUUGCCAAGAAUGAGUAUGGGAAGGAUGAAAAACAGAUUUCUGCUCACUUCAUGGGCUGGCCUGGCAUCGAUGAUGGUGCAAACCCAAAUUAUCCUGAUGUGAUUUAUGAAGAUUAUGGGACUGCAGCCAAUGACAUCGGGGACACCACAAAUAGGAGUAAUGAAAUCCCUUCCACAGAUGUGGCUGACAAGGCUGGUCGGGAACGUCUCUCGGUCUACGCUGUGGUGGUAAUCGCAUCUGUGGUGGGGUUCUGUCUGCUGGUGAUGCUGUUCCUGCUUAAGUUGGCAAGACACUCCAAGUUUGGCAUGAAAGAUUUCUCAUGGUUUGGAUUUGGGAAAGUUAAAUCAAGACAAGGUGUUGGCCCAGCUUCAGUUAUUAGCAAUGAUGAUGACUCUGCCAGCCCACUCCACCACAUCUCCAAUGGGAGUAACACUCCAUCUUCUUCAGAGGGCGGCCCUGACGCCGUCAUUAUUGGAAUGACCAAGAUCCCAGUCAUUGAAAAUCCCCAGUACUUUGGCAUCACCAACAGUCAGCUCAAGCCAGACACAUUUGUUCAGCACAUCAAGCGCCAUAAUAUUGUUCUGAAAAGGGAGCUAGGCGAAGGAGCCUUUGGAAAAGUUUUCCUAGCUGAAUGCUAUAACCUCUGUCCUGAGCAGGAUAAGAUCUUGGUGGCAGUGAAGACCCUGAAGGAUGCCAGCGACAAUGCACGCAAGGACUUCCACCGCGAGGCCGAGCUGCUGACCAACCUCCAGCAUGAGCACAUUGUCAAGUUCUAUGGCGUCUGCGUGGAGGGUGACCCGCUCAUUAUGGUGUUCGAGUACAUGAAGCACGGGGACCUCAACAAGUUCCUCAGGGCACACGGGCCGGACGCGGUGCUGAUGGCCGAAGGCAACCCACCGACGGAGCUGACGCAAUCGCAGAUGCUGCACAUCGCCCAGCAGAUAGCGGCGGGCAUGGUCUACCUGGCCUCCCAGCACUUCGUGCACCGGGACCUGGCCACGCGGAACUGUCUGGUCGGGGAGAACCUCCUGGUGAAAAUCGGGGACUUCGGCAUGUCCCGGGAUGUGUACAGCACCGACUACUACAGGGUCGGUGGCCAUACAAUGUUGCCCAUUCGCUGGAUGCCUCCGGAGAGCAUCAUGUACAGGAAGUUCACCACAGAGAGUGACGUCUGGAGCCUGGGGGUCGUGUUGUGGGAGAUCUUCACAUACGGCAAGCAGCCCUGGUACCAGCUAUCAAAUAACGAGGUGAUUGAAUGCAUUACUCAGGGCCGAGUCCUGCAGCGACCUCGAACAUGCCCCCAGGAGGUAUAUGAGCUGAUGCUGGGGUGCUGGCAGCGAGAACCCCAUAUGCGGAAGAACAUCAAGGGCAUCCAUACCCUCCUCCAGAACUUGGCCAAGGCAUCUCCGGUCUACCUGGAUAUUCUAGGCUAG